ACUUGAUUCCUGCGUUGUUUGGGGACAGUAGGAAGAUGGCGGCGGCCCCGCUGUACUGUGUCUGCCGGCAGCCCUAUGAUGUGAGCCGGUUUAUGAUUGAAUGCGACAUUUGUAAGGACUGGUUUCAUGGCAGCUGCGUCCAAGUGGAGGAGCACCAUGCUGUGGACAUCGAUGUCUACCACUGUCCCAACUGCGAUGUACUGCACGGACCCUCUUUGAUGAAGAAGAGGAACAACUGGCACCGGCAUGACUACACUGAGCCAGACGACGGCACCAAGCCCGUGCAGGCCGGCACCUCUGUGUUCGUGCGAGAGCUCCGUGCUAGAAGCUUCCCCAGCGGCGAUGAGAUCUUGGUCCGGAUGCACGGGAGUCAGGUGACCCAAAAGUACCUGGAGAAGCAGGGCUUCCAGUACCCCAUCGCGCUGAGCAAGCCGGACGGCCUGGGCCUCCGCCUGCCCCCGCCCACGUUCUCCGUCAGGGACGUGGAGCAGUACGUCGGAAGCGACAAAAUCAUCGACGUCAUCGACGUGGCCCGGCAGGCGGACAGCAAAAUGAAGCUGGGCGAGUUCGUGAAGUAUUACUACAACCCCGAUCGGCCAAAGGUCCUCAACGUCAUCAGCCUGGAGUUCUCCGACACCAAGAUGGCGGAGCUGGUGGUGGUGCCGGACAUCGCGCAGAAGAUGUCCUGGGUGGAGAACUACUGGCCCGACGACUCCUUCUUCCCCAAGCCCUUCGUGCAGAAGUACUGCCUCAUGGGGGUGAAGGACAGCUACACGGACUUCCACAUAGACUUCGGGGGCACCUCUGUGUGGUACCACGUGCUCUGGGGCGAAAAGAUUUUUUACUUGAUAAAGCCGACGCCGGCGAACCUUGCACUAUACGAGGCGUGGAGCUCGUCCCCCAACCAGAGCGAGGUGUUCUUCGGGGAGAAGGUGGACAAGUGCUACAAGUGUGUGGUGCGGCAGGGAACCACCCUUCUCGUUCCCACAGGAUGGAUCCAUGCCGUUCUCACCUCUCAGGAUUGCAUGGCGUUUGGGGGCAACUUCCUUCACAACCUUAACAUAGGCAUGCAGCUCAGGUGUUAUGAGAUGGAGCGGCGGCUGAAGACGCCCGACCUCUUCAAGUUCCCCUACUUCGAGGCCAUCUGCUGGUACGUGGCCAAGAACCUGCUGGAGACCCUGAAAGAACUGCGCGAAGACAGCUGCCAGCCUCCAGCCUACCUGAUGGAGGGGUUGAAAGCUUUAACUACUGCACUGAAGAGCUGGCUGAAGCGAGAGGCCACGGAACCGGCCAGCGAGGUUCCGGAUCACAUCAGGCCCAACCAUCUGAUAAAGCUCACAAAGGAAAUCCGCUACCAGGAGGAGGAGCAAGGCGGCGGCGGCGGCGGCGGCGGUGGAGGUAAGCCGGCGAAAUCUCAGGGAAGCGGAACGUGCCCCACGACGCGGUGGACGCAGGAGCGGGGGUCCCACUCGCGGCGGACGGCCCGGAGGCUGCGGGACCACCACGCCCCCAAGACCCCCUCCAACCUGGACAUCCUGGAGCUCCACACGCGGGAGGUGCUGCGGAGGCUGGAGGUGGAGCCCUUCGAGGAGGACAUCCCCUUCAGCUCCCGGGUGAACGGGAAGUUCAACAAGGCCUCCACAGCGUCAGCGGCCGCCAUGGAGAGCAGCCUGGCCAGCAACCUGCGUCUGGUGCUGUGCAACGGCAAAAUAAUCAGAGACCAGCGGCAGCCUUCCAGAGAGAAGAGCGCGCGGACGUCGGACGGCGAGCGGGCGGCGGGCUCGCAGAGGGACGCCGCCAGGACGAGGGCGGAGAGCGGCGAGCCGGGGGGGCGGGGACACCACGGCGCCGCGGACCGGGACAAGAAGCCCAGACACCUCAGCGUGUUUUUGGAAAGCAGGAAAUCGGAACUCAGGAAAGGAGGGUCGUCAGGGCACUCUGAGGCGUCUGACUCGGGGUCUGACGACAGCUGCACUACACAGCAGAAAGACUCUUCAGAGGAAGAUUCAGGGAGCUCGGAGGAAGAGGAGGAGGAGGAUGAUGAGGAGGAGGAGGAGGAGAAGGUGGUGUCCUCACAGUGCGAGGCCCGAGGAGGCUCAGGGCGCUUGCCAGAUCAGUACCAGGCCAGUCAGAGACACCGGCACCACGGCAAACCACUCAAAAGAGAACGUCCUACCUCGCCAAGCACAGAAGAGGCUAUUCAGGGCAUGCUGUCCAUGGCAGGGCUGCUGUGUCCGCAGCGGCCAGAGGAGGGCGCCACCUCUCAGGAUCCCUGGUGGUCCAGCCCGGCCCGCCGCUCGCCAAACUGUGGUGAGGAAGAGGAGAGCCGAGGAGAGUCCACCCUCAGCCAGGGUGAGAUUCACCUGGAGGCGGAGCUCCACCAGAGGAUCCAGGGCAGCAAGAGCUCCAUAGACAGCCAGGGCAGUGGUGGCAGCGGCGGCAGCAGCAGCAGCAGCAGCAGCAGCGAGGCGUGGUCCAAUCACGGGCUCUCGCCGAACCGCUCCACCCCGCCGCGCCGGGACACCAGCCCGGGGAUAGACUACCAGUACAGCGAGACCUCCCUGUCCCCUCCCCUGCACCCUUCCAAAAGGCCCGCCUCCAACCCCCCGCCCAUCAGCAACCAGGCCACGAAAGGCAAACGUCCCAAGAAGGGCAUGGCCACCGCCAAGCAGAGACUGGGGAAGAUCCUCAAACUGAGCCGGCACAGUCGCUUCUUUGUGUAGCGCCCUGAAAAAGAGACAGGAAGUGAAGACACUGUUGUUUCCAGCCUGAGCUGGGAAAGGAAACCCGUACCACCCCCCACCCCCCCCCCUCCCCAUGUUGGUAUAUCGGUUUUAGCCGUGGAGAGACAAGUGCUAUGCUAUAGGAAUUACUGCCUAGACAGACCUUGAACACUAGCUCACGCUCACUGUGUAAGUUUAAGUGACAGGGUAUCAGAUUUUCACUAGCAGGUGCAUGGCUUCCCCACAUAAGCUUGGGCCCGCACACGAAAACACACACACACGGGCAGGCAUACACACAUGCACACUCACUCAGAGGCAUGUGUGUGUGCACGGGCAUACACACACACACACUCACUCAGAGGCAUGUGUGUGUGCACGGGCAUACACACACACACACACUCACUCAGAGGCACACACGCACGCUCACACCGAUGGAAACACAACAGACCAGACAGAGCCCAGAACCUGAAGCCAUGGAAAUGAGCAGGGAUCAUAGAUGUUUUCGCUAGGAUAGAUUUGAUCUCGGCGGAAAUCCAGCUUCAAGCGGGGGGCGUUCCGAAUUCCGCAGAAACGCCGUAGCGGAAGCUGAUCCUGGAUCAGCCGGACGUCAUCAGCUGGCCCCGGCAUCCGAGAUCACCCCCCGAGAAACAUCGUCCGGGAUUGAAUUGAACCAACCCUUUGUAUUGAUACUACAACAUUUGCAUCUUGGCCACAGGCAACUUGUAUUUCCCGAAGCUUUUUCCACCUGCUUUUUAUGACUUAGGUAUUGCCCCCCUGCCCCCUCCCCCUCAACAAAUCACUGUAACAUCAAGCAAACCUACUGCACUAACGCCAAGAAUAGCAUGUGGGGCCUGCUUGCUUAUUCAUGCUACCUGAGUGGGAUUUGGAUUUCCGGUUCUGUUCGUGGGACUGUUCGAGACUGUUCGUCUUGUGCUGGGACACCCGUCUCCAGGAAAAAAAAAAAGAAGGGUGCUAAGGUGAGGAACUGAUAUUUUAAAAUGGUGCUCAAGUUUGUAAUACCCCCUCCCCCACCCACCACCAUCACAUUCACGCCAGCAAUAAUGCAGAAAGGAGGGAUGAGGCUGACGCGCAGCACUCUUAGAAAGUUCCGGUCUUCCCUGCUGUCACAGGGUUUACGGUAACGGAAGAGAGUGGAUUUCAGGAACGCGAUCUGCGUUCCCCUCGAACGCGGUCACUUUCGGGGCUUCGCAAACGUACCUCAUUGUCACGCAUUCUGUCCGGCGAUGUCCCGCCGUCUGUCCGCACGUCCCUUUCAGUGCUUGUUCGUGUUCGCUGGGAGUCUCCUGGCUCAAUGUCUCAAUCAAGUUUUUCAGCCUGAGAGAAAGCCAUAUGCAGCUAUGUUGCCAAGCCAUAUCGCCGUGGCAUUGCUUUAAAAUGAACGGUGUGGUGUUUCUAUGGGAUAGUUCUCUGUGGUACAGGUCACAUAUUUUUUUUUUUUUUUUCGUUUGUAAAUUUACUGUAAAAACCCAAGCUACAAAAGGUGAUGGAGCUGAAAGAGUGGAGAGUUUUGCUUUUAGGCAGAAUGACGACAGAAUAUCAAAUGAACUCCUCUGGCGCCCCCUAUCUGACAGACAGUGGAAGACAGGAGCUUUUUGGAGUGCUGCUGUGAAAAUGUUUUUAAAACAGCAAAAAAAAAAGAGGUUUACUUUGUUUAAAGCAUUAAAUGAUGUUGAAGCAUUAAAUAGUGUAUAGAGAAAUGACAGACAGAAAUCAUUUUCGGCUUAAUUUAUUUUUCUUUUUUUCCUUUUGGUGUUUGUUUCAAUGUUUAUUUUUGAUGGCUUUUGAAUGGAUGUAUUUAUUAUUAUUAAAAUAAGGUGAGCUGUAUUCUGUUUUAAUGUGAAGCCUCCACAUUUAGGGAUAGCAGUAGAAAGGGAUCAUUUUUCCUCAAGUUCUCAUAUACCCAUCCCGUUGAAAACAUGGCCUAUCUUGAUGUGAUAAUGAUCAAUCCAACAGCGAUCACUGUUGAGUAGCAUUAUAGGUCACAACAUGCUUUCUCUAGUUUUGGCUUCUAAUCUUUCUUUUGGGUGUAUUUUGUGAAUUAACACAAUUCUGAUCGUGAAUUACUGGUGUUCUUGCUUUCCUUAUGAGCCUAACAUUGCUUUUUUAUAUUUGUGUCAUGUCUGUUUAAUAUGGUUUUAAUACCUAUCCACCUGGCUGUUUUAGCAUUUAGUCUCUUGAGCAGUAUGGGUUGUGUACCACAGAUGUGUUGACCGUGAUUCCACACUUCCUCCAGACGGGACAAAGAGAAGACGGUUUGAGUUUUUUUGUAUUCUGUUUUUAACCAGAGUGGCCUGUUUUAAGAAGAGUUGGAACGUUUGUUUCCUGGUUUCUCAAGUAAUGAUGUCUAGAAGAUACGUUUGUGCUAACACUGAGUGCUCGUGCACUGGGUGUAUUUAUGGCUACUGAUUCGGCUAUUGAAAGAGAUGGAUCUCCACUUUAACCCAUAUCAUAUUUAUCAGUAUUUUUCCUUGGGAGCCCAGGCAUCGAACCGCAUGUUAAUCUAGAAAUGUGUAUUUUUUAAAAACGCGGUGCCAGUUCUGUCACAGUGUGGGGUGCACCACUCAGUCAGAACUCCAGUGCGUUUUCCCUUUCCCAGUCCAUUCUACGCUGGCUUUUGAGCCCUCAGGUAACUGUAAUUGAGAAUUUGAAUCCCUGUGGCAGAAAAUGUUGGAUUUGGUCCUGGUUUUAUUUUAUUUUUUUCCAGAAUUGGGAUUCCCAUGAUCUGGUGCUUUUUGGUCAGUGUUUGUAUUGAGAACUUCUUCUCAGGGACAGAUUCCGCUGUCAAAAGACCUCCGAUUUCGUCACCAGCAGCGAGCAGCGAGCCAAUAAACACUUCUCCAAUAUCCAUGUACGACCUCCAGCAACCUUUAACUCCUCAUAACAUUGUGUGCCUGUAUCAUAGACUUCACCGGCCUCGCUUCAUGUUGUGUGUUUGUCCUCGUGAUAUGAGAAACUGCAUAUAGGUAGUCUUCCUUCACUACGACAGUUUUAUGUGUGCGUGUGUGAACUCCAAGGAAAUCUCGAAUCUUCCCAAACCUACUUUUGGACGAGGAAUUGACACAUUUCGUUCUAUCCUGCUGGGUGCCAUUUGUCUUUCGAUUUUGCAGCAAAGCGCAAGAUUCUAACCGAUCUCCGAUCCAACGAUGUGCAAGGACAAAGUUGCCUGGUGCUCAAACUGCUCUUGAUCCAUGCUUUUUGACGUCUGUUGAGAUUUAAAAUGUUUUUGCGUGCCACUGCAUACGUGUAUUCAUGCGGAAAACAAACCUCUCUCGUUUGACCUGUUGACACGUGUCUGUUGUUAAAUAUUGCGUUUCUGUACAGAGAACACAAAAGGCUAGCUUAGCGGCCUCCGAUGAUGUCAGGACGGACAGUUAACCCAUCCCGCGGACUCACGAACCUGCUGCCUGCCGAGACGUAUUGCACUAAUUUCAUCCAGGCUUAAGCUAGUGUAGCUGUCACCUUUGAACGACACCAGACUCAAAGUCCCCCGGUUCAAAGUGUGACUUCCAGCCUGCUCGCAUGCCCUGUAUUAAGCUCUCGUUAGCGCAAGGUGCUAGCUGUUUGGCCUGUUAAGCAGCCCUUGCGGGGAACUCAGUGCUAAUGCUCAAGCAUUUCGCUUCGACGCAUCCCAAGCUAAUGAAAAAAUACGCUUGAUUUAAUUUUAUCCUAUGAGGAAAAAAUUAAAGCUACACUGAAGAGCUGAACGGGCAUUUUCUUGUUCCUUUUUUUCUUUCCACCAUUCAACCGGAUUAUCUCAUGACACUAGUUUCGUUUUCCACACGUUUGCUGGUCAUACACCUUUUGGUAAUCAUGUAACUGACCUGCAGGCGGGAUGUUUUAUAUGCAGUACUAUUAAUUGUACAGUAUUUAUUUGGCUUUGGCAUUUGUUUUUGAUCAUUGUGAAUGGAAGUAUUGAUGGUCAUGGUGUGUACUUUUCCUUUACCUUGAUUCCUUCAGUCAUUUGGAUGUUUUUAAAUGUUGUUUUUCAUAUUUGAUUUUUAAAAAACGAGAAGUGUAGAUCUUUGUUAACCAUUGCAAUGCAUCUUGAAUAUUAAUUUCUGCAUCUCAGAAUGGGCCUGUAAAUAUUAAAAUAAGAUUUCUUAGUCAAUUUUGUUUCUGGUUGUGUUGUUUCACUAGCCCUUUGGCCAGGACUCAAAAAUUGUUUGAAAUUGACUUUGUUUAAAUAAAUUUUAAAAAUUAAAUUUCCAAAAUAAAAUAAAAGCAAUCAAACUGUU